CAGGGGCGAGCUCCACUUCUCCCGCGCUGGGGCCCGCCUGGGGUUGUUAGGGGUCCGGGAGCGGCCAGCGGUCCAACCUCUGAGGGUCGACGUUGCGGGACCGUCCCGCUCUUCUCUCGUCCCGGCGCCACCGCGCCCUUCCUCCGACUAUUAAAAAUAUCUCGUCUCAACCCUGGAGCAUGAUGGGAGGGAGAAGAGUGGCCACAGAUGUCUUCAAUUCCAAAAACCUGGCCGUCCAGGCACAAAAAAAGAUCCUGGGUAAAAUGGUAUCCAAAUCCAUCGCCACCACCCUGAUCGAUGACACCAGCAGCGAGGUGCUGGAUGAGCUCUACCGGGUGACCAAGGAGUACACCCAAAACAAGAAGGAGGCGGAGAGGGUCAUCAAGAACCUCAUCAAGACAGUCAUCAAGCUGGCCGUUCUCCACAGGAACAAUCAGUUCAAUCAAGACGAGCUGGCGCUGAUGGAGAAGUUCAAGAAGAAGGUCCACCAGCUCGCCAUGACCGUGGUCAGCUUCCACCAGGUGGAGUACACCUUCGACCGCAACGUGCUGUCCAGGCUGCUGAACGAGUGCCGAGAGCUGCUGCAUGGCAUCAUCCAGCGCCACCUCACCGCCAAGUCUCACGGACGGGUUAAUCACGUCUUUGAUCAUUUUUCAGAUUGUGAUUUUUUGGCUGCCUUGUAUAAUCCCUUUGGAAAAUUUAAACCUCACUUACAGAAACUUUGCGAUGGCAUCAACAAAAUGCUGGAUGAAGAGAACAUCUGAGCUCGUGAAAUAGGCGAUUUAGGUGAAGACAGCACUGCUAACUCAUGAAGGGAAGACAGAGAAUCUUUUAAAGAUCACAUAUAUUUCAGAAAGGCCUGGCCUGGUGCAACCAUUGGACAUUAAUGGCAGUACUUUUGUGUGGCUUGUUGUAGUUGAAAAAAAAAAGCAUAUUGCCAAAAAUUCUGGCUGAAAACGUCUUAAUGAAUGUCAGGAUGUGGGAAAAAUAGAUAGUUGGGAAUUCAAAUGUAGAGUGAUACAAAGACAGAUGCGUGUGGCUCCAAUCUCUGGGACUUUUUGUGUUUUGGGGAAAUUGUAUUGGUGGCACAUUGGAUAUUUCUAACGUGUACAAAGUUGUGUAUCUUGGUUCACUUUUACCUUCACUAUCUGUGUAGCUCUUUGAAAAUGCCGAGGGCCUCUGUUGUCACUGAUCCUCUUGAAGCAAUCCUGCUUCCUAGUCUGCUCGAUUCUUUUGUUCUAGAUAGAAAUUGACAUUCAGGAAUUAAAUCUGAGGCCAUGGAAUUAAACCCUCAGGAAAGCAGGAAAGUGCGUAUCCGAAAUCACAACUGUGGAAAUAAGAAAUAUGUCCAUGAUAAGAGUGUGCUUCUGAGACAGAGUUGUUCUCUUUUGGAUCCUUGGAGAUACUUAGAUUCUCAAACCUUGUCUUGAAAUGCUUGGGGCCUAACUUUGAUGUCAUCUUGAACAUGUGCUGACACACAUUAACGUCCAUUUCACACAUAGGAGAAAACUUUUAGAUCGGCUUUGAUACUGAAACAAUAAAAUGUAAGUAAUAUGAAGAAAAGAAAAACAAUCUGGAGUUUAAGGAUGAACUCAUUAGACUAAUUUAGGGGAGUGGGGGGUGAAAGAACAGACAGGGCGUUGCUAAGUAAUGUAAGAAAGAUGGAUGGUAUUUCAGUGUUUAACAGGGCUUGAUGAAUAAAGGACAUCAUUUUUUAUUUAACUACUUAGGGUUUAGAUUGUGUUGUUUGCUACUUUGAUGAGUGGACCGAUGACUGUGUCUGUCUCCAGCAAGUGGUGUGCUCUUUCUGUGUAAUUUUAGGUGCAUGGAUGAUAAAGUAUUAUGCUUAUUUUGUAAAAGAACUAGAAGCCUACUGGCCAAUUCUAUCUAUCAUCUAGGAAAUAACAGACCCAACCCCCAGCACUAAAUAUUGCCACUGCCACUGAGUCUGUUCUUGACAACAUUGACAGUGAAAUAAAAAUUCACCAGAAAAAAAAAUCCCACAAAGAAAAAUUCCAGAAAAUCUGCUUUGAUGCAUCAGAGACUAGAAGGAAGUGGUCAGGUUUCUCUGAGGCUCAGUUUUGUUUGGUUAAGGCAAACAGCAAAGGCAAAAAGUAUGUAUACUUGAGCGACAUUAAAUCCUAAUUUGAGCUGGGAAUAUAAUUCUUACCUUCUGGAGCCUUAUAGAUGACUGCUAGAUGUAACACUAGCAUAGUGGCUGCAUUACUGACUAUUGGACUUCGUAAAUGCUAAAUGGUUCAUACUCCGAGCUCAGCAAGCCUUCCUUGGCCAGCUCUUCUCCUACCCAAGAGAGGCUAAGAGUGUGAUUGGACAGGAGGAUCUGAUCUGCCAUAUUCUCUUCUCUACCUGAUCUUGACAGCAGAAGUAAGGCUAGUGAUGUGGACAGCUUCUUGAAUUUCUAGCUCAGGACAUGACCAACAAAAUACAGAAGACCUCAGGAGAAAUGUAGAGAUGUCUGCACAUAGUUGGGUCAUACUGAUGACCUGUAGGGUAGCAACACAAUGCGCAUGUGGACGAUGGUAGCAUCCCUUAGUUUUAUAUGCCAAUGUCUUAGUUAGGGUUACUAUUGCUGCGAUGAAACACCAUGAGGAGGAAAGGAUUUAUUUGGCUCACACUUUGGUACAAUGGGAUUGAAGUAAGUCAGGGCAAGAACAUGAGCAGGAGCUGACUGAGGGGUGCUGCUUACUGGCUUGCUCCCGAUAGCUUGCUCAGCCUGCUUUCUUUUGGAACUCAGGACUUCCAGUCCAGGGCUGGCACCACUGGACUAGGCUGAACUUCCUCCAUGAUCAUUUAAGGAAAUGUCCAACGGGCUUCCUUACAGCCUGAUCUUAUGGAGACGUUUUCUCAGUUGAGGCUCCCUUCUCUUAAAUAACGCCAGCUUGUGUCAUAUUGAUAUAAAACUAGGCAGCAUGCCAGGAAGGCCCAAAGAAAUACCUGUGGAGAACUGGUUCAGGAACAACCUACAGAUAUCAAACACUGCAGAUGCCGAAGUCCCUUAUAGAAAAUCACAUAGUGUUUGCAUCUGUCCUGCCUAUAUACCUUCCUGUAUUUACACGCGUUAAGAUUACUCACAGCACAUGUACAGUGUAACUGCUCAUUUGGAAACAAAACAACAACAACA